AUGCAAUCAAUGGUUAGCGGGAAUAAUAGUAAUUCUCAAGGUGUUGGAUCGAAUCCUACCUCUGAAAUUGACUUUUAUCAAUGGGUCAGCAAUCUGAACUCAGUCGAAAGUCGCGAGAAAGCACUUUUGGAGCUUUGUCGUAUGCGCGAAUCGCUGCAAAAUUUCGCCCCACUUCUAUGGCAUUCGUACGGUACUGUAACCGCUUUACUUCAGGAAAUAACAGCGGUUUAUCCUUACAUUAAUCCGCCAAACCUGACUGCCCAUCAGUCUAAUCGAGUGUGCAAUGCAUUGGCUCUUUUGCAAUGUUUAGCGUCUCAUCCUUUAACUCGGAGUGAAUUUUUAAAGGCUCAGAUACCACUUUAUCUUUAUCAAUUUCUUAACACCAGCAGCCAAAGUCGUCCAUUCGAAUACUUGCGUCUUACAAGUUUGGGUGUUAUUGGCGCGUUAGCUAAGACUGACGAACCAGAUGCUAUCAGCUUUCUUCUAAACAGUGAGAUAAUUCCUCUCUGUUUGCAGAUCAUGGAGUCGGGCUUGGAUUACAUCUGCCAGACCUACGACAGGUUCUCUCAUGUAGCAAGCAUUCUCAAUGCUAUGGUUGGCCAAUUGGUCAGAGAGCGAUCGAUUCGUUUGCUCAAACACGUCAUCAGGUGCUAUCAACGCCUCGCUGACAACCCUCGCAAGUGUUUCCCAACUGCUUUUGUCGACGGUACCUUCAACGAUCUUCUUGCCGAGGAACCGGCCACUCAACGCUCUCUCACUCUUCUCAUUGAGCAAAUGAAUCGUCCUCAAAUAUCAUCCAACGCCGCUGGCGUUGCUCCUAGCGCUGCCGCCGACAGCGUGGACAACUCAGGUCUAAAGGUCAAUGUUAACUCCAAUAAUGAUGUUGGAGAGAAUAUAGGCGACAUUAGUAAUGCUGGUGCUGAUAAUCAGUAA